GUUUGGUUUCCCAGGAACUGCGCUAACAUACCCGCGAUGAAACCCAGCGGGGGGACACUUUUCGUCCCCGACCUGUGGUAAGUCGGCUGGGUUGAAUUGUGUGAAGUUGUCAAAGGUUGCUCUCCUCUCCAGAACUCGGCACCAGCUCCGCUGAAAUGUGAUGCCACUGGUUUUCAGCAAAGGUUCCUUUCUGCAGGGCUGCAAACACAGAUCAGCUGCUACUGUGUAUACACAACCAGGGAGCAAAUCAACCAGCACAGUUAAAGCAGCCUUUUUCACCCUGAGACUUUCCAAGAUCUCUUCUUCACGCAGGAAGUUUCCUUCUCUGUUGUCAGAUUUAGCACUGUUCUCUUGUCAUCAGAUCCGAGCUAGGCUCCCUGCUGCACAGUAGAGAGGCUUCCUUAAGACAUUUGUCCUUGAAACUGCACCAAACUCUUGGAAGAACCCAGAGCGUGUCCCACGCCCUGCUUCCAUGGAGGAGGGUGGCCAGUGCAGUCCUGAGCACAGUGUGGUGACUUAUGGAUUUUCACUGAGCUGACAAUUUACUGGCUCAUCAAUGAAACAAUAUUAAAUUAUGAAGAUGUAAGGAAAAAAUCCUACGCUAACAUUGUUGCAGUUUGAAAGGCUUCUCUGCAGAAUGUCAAACAAAGAUCGACACAUUGAUUCCAGCUGUUCGUCCUUCAUCAAGACGGAACCCUCCAGCCCGGCCUCCCUGACGGACAGCGUCAACCACCACAGCCCAGGUGGCUCCUCAGACGCCAGCGGGAGCUACAGUUCAACCAUGAAUGGCCAUCAGAACGGACUUGACUCGCCACCUCUCUACCCUUCUGCUCCUAUCCUAGGAGGUAGUGGGCCGGUCAGAAAACUGUAUGACGACUGCUCCAGCACCAUUGUUGAAGAUCCCCAGACCAAGUGUGAAUACAUGCUCAACUCGAUGCCCAAGAGACUGUGUUUAGUGUGUGGUGACAUUGCUUCUGGGUACCACUACGGGGUGGCAUCAUGUGAAGCCUGCAAGGCAUUCUUCAAGAGGACGAUUCAAGGUAAUAUAGAAUAUAGCUGCCCCGCCACGAAUGAAUGUGAAAUCACAAAGCGCAGACGUAAAUCCUGCCAGGCUUGCCGCUUCAUGAAGUGUUUAAAAGUGGGCAUGCUGAAAGAAGGGGUGCGCCUUGACAGAGUACGUGGAGGUCGGCAGAAGUACAAGCGCAGAAUAGAUGCGGAGAACAGCCCCUACCUGAACCCUCAGCUGGUUCAGCCAGCCAAAAAGCCAUUGCUCUGGUCUGAUCCUGCAGAUAACAAGAUUGUCUCACAUUUGUUGGUGGCCGAACCGGAGAAGAUCUAUGCCAUGCCUGACCCUACGGUCCCUGACAGUGACAUCAAAGCCCUCACUACACUGUGUGACUUGGCUGACCGAGAGUUGGUGGUUAUCAUUGGAUGGGCGAAGCAUAUUCCAGGCUUCUCCACGCUGUCCCUGGCGGACCAGAUGAGCCUUCUGCAGAGUGCUUGGAUGGAAAUUUUGAUCCUUGGUGUCGUAUACCGAUCUCUUUCAUUUGAGGAUGAACUUGUCUAUGCAGAUGAUUAUAUAAUGGAUGAAGACCAGUCCAAAUUAGCAGGCCUUCUUGACCUAAAUAAUGCUAUCCUGCAGCUGGUAAAGAAAUACAAGAGCAUGAAGCUGGAGAAAGAAGAAUUUGUCACCCUCAAAGCGAUAGCUCUUGCUAAUUCAGACUCCAUGCACAUAGAAGACGUCGAAGCUGUUCAGAAGCUUCAGGAUGUGUUACACGAGGCCCUGCAGGAUUAUGAGGCCGGCCAGCAUGUGGAGGACCCGCGCAGGGCCGGCAAGAUGCUGAUGACCCUGCCGCUCCUGAGGCAGACCUCCACCAAGGCCGUGCAGCACUUCUACAACAUCAAACUAGAAGGCAAAGUCCCCAUGCACAAACUGUUUUUGGAAAUGCUGGAGGCCAAGGUCUGACUAAAAGCUUCCUGGGCCUUCCUAUUCUGCACGCCGAAAAAGGGAAAAUAAACCCAAGAGUGAUGUCGAAGAAACUUAGAGUUUAGUUAACAACAUCAAAAAUCAACGGACUGCACUGAUAAUUUAGCAGCAAGACUAUGAAGCAGCUUUCAGAUUCCUCCGUAUCUUCCCGAUGAGUUGCUUUCUACCUUAUCUCCUCUCCUUUCUCCCUUUCAUCUCUCAUUUCUUUUGCUCUUUUUUUUCUCCUUCCCUUAUUCCUCCUUUCCCUUAUCUCUUAGCUUUCUUCAUUACUGAUUCCCGCUUGCCUUCAUUUCCUUCCUUCUGUCCUUCCUUCCUCCUCCUCCUCUCUUUUCCUCUCUUCCUUCCUCCUUCUCCUUCUCUUUUCUCAUCCUUCCCCUUUCUCCUAAAUUUCACAUAUGUCUAGUUGUAAGGAAAUUGUCCCUUUCCUUUCCUUUCCUUUCCUUUCCUUUCCUUUCCUUUCCUUUCCUUUCCUUUCCUUUCCUUUCCUUUCCUUUCCUUUCCUUUCCUUCCUUUCCUUUCCUUUCCUUUCCUUUCCUUUCCUUUCCUUUCCUUUCCUUUCCUUUCCUUUCCCUUCCCUUCCUUUCCCUUCCUUCCUUCCUUCCUUCCUUCCUUCCUUCCUUCCUUCCUUCCUUCAUUCCUUCCUUCCUUCCUUCCUUCUGCUGCUGAACUUCUAAAAGAGGUCUCUAACUGAAGAGAGAUGGAAGGCAGCCCUGCCAAAGGAUGGAAAUCCAUAAUAUGGAUGCCAGUGAGCUUGUUGUGAACCAUAACGUCCCCAGUGACUAAGGAAUCAAAGAGAGAGAACCAACGUACCUAAAAGUACAGUGCGACACCAACAAAUUGACUGAGUGCAGUAUUAGCUUUCACGGGAGCAGCCUCUAAUUAGACAACUUAAGCGACGUUGCAUCGGCUGCUUCUUAUCAUUGCUUUUCCAUCUAGAUCAGUUACAGCCAUUUGAUUCCUUAAUUGUUUUUUCAAGUCUUCCAGGUAUUUGUUAGUUUAGCUACUAUGUAACUUUUUCAGGGAAUAGUUUAAGCUUUAUUCAUUCAUGCAAUACUAAAGAGAAAUAAGAAUACUGCAAUUUUGUGCUGGCUUUGAACAAUUAUGAACAAUAAUGAAGGACAAAUGAAUCCUGAAGGAAGAUUUUUAAAAAUGUUUUGUUUCUUCUUACAAAUGGAGAUUUUUUUGUACCAGCUUUACCACUUUUCAGCCAUUUAUUAAUAUGGGAAUUUAACUUACUCAAGCAAUAGUUGAAGGGAAGGUGCAUAUUAUCACGGAUGCAAUUUAUGUUGUGUGCCAGUCUGGUCCCAAACAUCAGUUUCUUAACACGAGCGCCAGUUUACCUAAAUGUUCACUGACACAAAGGAUUAGAUUACACCUACAGUGACUCCAAGCAGUCACGUAUCUUACGCACUGCACAUGGAGAACAGAUCCGUAGAAUUAUCAGGAGUGCGCCUCUCUACCCGGGAGGUACAGUUGCCAUACGAUUUCUAGCUGCCAUGCUGGUUGGGAAUGAGAUACUGCCUGUUUGCAAAGUUACAGACCUUGUCUCAGAAGGAGCUGUGAGCCAGUAUUCACUUAAGAGGCAAUAAGGCAGAUGCCAGAAAUUGAGGAAAAAAAAAAAAAAAAUCAUCAAAGACAGCAGACGCCUGGCCAAAUUCUAAAACCUAAUCUUUAUGAGUUUAUUCAUUUAGGAAUGUUUGUUUAAAUUAAUCUGCAGUUUUUACCAAGAGCUAAGCCAAUAUAUGUGCUUUUCAACCAGUAUUGUCACAGCAAGGAAGUCAGUCAGGUUCCAGACUGUUAAGAGGUGUAAUCUAAUGAAGAAAUCAAUUAGAUGCCCCCGAAAUCUACAGUCGCUGAAUAACCAAUAAACAGUAACCUCCAUCAAAUGCUAUACCAAUGGACCAGUGUUACUAGCUGCUCCCUGUACUAUGUGAACAGUCUUAUUCUAUGUACACAGAUGUAAUUAAAAUUGUAAUCCUAACAAACAAAAGAAAUGUAGUUCAGCUUUUCAAUGUUUCAUGUUUGCUGUGCUUUUCUGAACUUUAUGUUGCAUUCGGAGACUGUCGUCUUGUUCUUCUUGUGGUGUUUGGAUUCUUGUGGUGUGUGCUUUUAGACACAGGGUAGAAUUAGAGACAAUAUUGGAUGUACAAUUCCUCAGGAGACUACAGUAGUAUAUUCUAUUCCUUACCAGUAAUAAGGUUCUUCCUAAUAAUAAUUAAGAGAUUGAAACUCCAAACAAGUACUCACUAUGAACAGAUACACAUCAAAUCAUAAUAAUAUUUUCAAAACAAGGAAUAAUUUCUCUAAUGGUUUAUUAUAGAAUACCAAUGUAUAGCUUAGAAAUUAAAACUUUGACUAUUUCAAGAAUAUAGAUAAGUCUAAUUUUUAAAUGCUGUAUAUAUGGCUUUCACUCCAUCAUCUCUCAGAUGUUGUUAUUAACUAGCUCUGUGUUGUUGCAAAACUUUUUGGUGCGGACACGUUUCCAAAACUAUUGCUACUUUGUGUGCUUUAAACAAAAUACCUUGGGUUGAUGUUUCAUCAGCCUAGUGCUAGGAAUACUGUGUAUCUAUCAUUAGCUAUAUGGGACUAUAUCGUAGAUUGUGGUUUCUCAGUAGAGAAGUGACUGUAGUGUGACUCUAGAUAAAUCAUCAUUAGCAAUUCAUUCAGAUGGUCAAUAACUUGAAAUUUAUAGCUGUGAUAGGAGUUCAGAAAUUGGCACAUCCCUUUAAAAAUAACAACAGAAAAUACAACUCCUGGGAACAAAAAGGUGCUGAUUCUAUAAGAUUAUUUAUAUAUGUAAGUAUUUAAAAAGAUUAUUUUCCAGAAAGUCGGUGCAGGGUUUAAGUUGCUACUAUUCAACCACACUAUAUAGAAGUAAAAUAUAUGCGAUGUAUACGUUGUUUUCACUGUAUCACAUUAAAGUACUUGGGCUUCAGAAGUCAGAGCCAACCAACUGAAAACAGGAGCUGGAGAUGUGCGAAAGGAAUGAGGUACAAAUCUUAGUUUUCAGUUUAAGUGACUCUUGGCGUUUCCAAGAACAAGCAUCUCACAUGUAGGAGACACGACUUUAAAAGGCAGAUCUAAAAGAACUGCGCGGGCUUUGGGGUCAAUGCUCAUCUUAAACCUCGCUCGAGGUAAGUUUGUUUCAAGUUUCAAGCAAGGCCAUUUACUUAAUGUGAAGUUUUGGAAAGGUAUAAAAGAGUAUGUUUUCACCAUAUGAUUUGAACUUUCAUUUCGCUUCUUUUAGGUUUGUUCUUAUUUAAAGCAAUAUGAUUGUGUGGCUACCUGUAGUUACACUUGUGUUUCAAUCAGAUCAGAUUGUUGUAUUUAUUCCACUAUUUUGCAUUUAAAUGAUAACAUAAAAGAUAUGAAAUAUUUAAAACUGCUAUUUUUCUUAUAGAAGAGAAAAUGGGUGUUGGUGAUUGUAUUUUAAUUAUUUAAGCGUCUCUGUUUACCUGCCUAGGAAAACAUUUUAUGGCAGUCUUAUGUGCAAAGAUCGUAAAAGGACAAAAAAUUUAAACUGCUUAUCAUAAUCCAGGAGUUGCAUUAUAGCCAGUAGUAAAAAGAAUAAUAAUAAUAAUAAUAAAACCAUGUCUAUAGCUGUAGAUGGGCUUCACAUCUGUAAAGCAAUCAAUUGUAUAUUUUUGUGAUGUGUACCAUACUGUGUGCUCCAGCAAAUGUCCAUUUGUGUAAAUGUAUUUAUUUUAUAUUGUAUAUAUUGUUAAAUGCAAAAAGGAGAUAUGAUUCUGUAACUCCAAUCAGUUCAGAUGUGUAACUCAAAUUAUUAUGCCUUUCAGGAUGACAGUAGAGCAAUAUUAAACAAGCUUCCACUUUUGA